GUCAACUACUCCUUCGUUGCUCAUGUCCGACGAAAUUUAAAGUCGAAGUCUGACAGAAACUGAGUCAAAGUUCGUAGCAGGGGAGCUUUGAGGUUAUAAGAGAUAUGGCCGAGAUCCUUAUACCUCUUCGCACUGCUUCUGGAUACCUGAGCUCAGACAAGAUCAAUGAAAGAAAGAAACAAAUAGAUAUUGUGAAGAAGGAGGUGAAUAAGAAGAGUGUCCAACUUCAGCUUGAUAAACACACCCGUGAAGGGAGAAGUAAUUACACAUGGCAAGAAGUCUUUAAGUCGGUCUGGGCCUACUUGGUCAAAGAAAUUGAAGUACUGAAAGGCAAAGGGGCUAGCAGUUCUCGUACAACCGCCACAAAUCUGACGAGGAAGAGAGAAGUGAGGUCGACAUUGAGAUGGAUCGUUGGCGUAGCAAAUGGACGUGGGCCACAGCUCUCUGUUGUGAAGCUGGUUAAAAAGCUGAUUUCCUUGCUGAAGGAUGAUUUCACCGGUCCUGAGUUUGGUGCUGAUUGUUGUUCCAUCAUAACCAGGGAUGUCUUGGGAUGUCAGAAGUAUUGGCAUGAAUUGGAUCAACGCACCUGGAUUGAUCUGAUUGAGACGGUCACUAUGGCACUCCAUAAGACUGACCAAGGUGUGAGUCUUGACCCACAGGCCAGAGCUGUUCAGUCACUGGUUGCCGGGGCAACCAUUCAAGGAGCACUUCCAGCAAGCCAUCUAUUUAGUUUCUUUAGGAGCAUGCUCAAAAGAAUCAGAACUGAAAGGAGUACAACAGUGAUCUCCUGUACCCUGUCAGCCCUGAACACCUUCAGUCUUCAUGUAGCUCCUGAUAGAAGACAUCAUCUAUGCAAGCUGGGAGAAGACUCCUUCACUUACCUCAUAUCAGCAUGGAGAAAGAACUCUGCUCAGACUAUUAGGGAUGAGUUGGUAACCUUCCUAAGCCUUCAGAUGAGUGCCCAUCAUCCACAUGGUGUCAUGACGGAGGAAGAGGGAGCCUAUGCUACAGACUUUGACCAAUGGAAAGGUCAAUUAAUUAGUCUAUAUGAAGAGCUGGUUAGAGAAUGGAAACAAGAAGGUUCUAAACUCAAGCUCAAAGGUGCAGGAAAGCGAGAUGUUAGCUUCAAACAGGACCUGGUUGACCUUGCCGCUGAUGUUUGUCAUCAGAUAUUCAAAGCAGGUGCAGUGUCAUAUGAGGUGAACCUACAGAGCAGUCAGGUGACCUCUACCAGCAGACUCAGUCAGGUGACUGGUAGGUUAACCAGUCAGGUGACUACACCAUCCAAGAGAAGACGACUUGAGUCUGGAUGGGAACUCCUCAGGGAGUACAUCUCUCAACCUCUUCAGCAUGCUUCCAUCAUUCCAUGGUUACAGUUACUUGCAGCUUUACUUACAAAGUAUCCCAAAGAUCUUCCUGAAGAAGAGUAUGCCCUCUAUGUCUCCACCCUGCACAACCUCCAGGCUCACAGCAAGAGGAUGCAGUUACAGAGUCAUGUAUUGAGAUGUCUUCAGUGUAUAGCAGCUAGUCAGGUGCCAAGGCAAGAGUUCCUACAACAUACCAAAGAUCAGCUUAGCAGAGAAUGGGGCAAAGUUUGGAGUGCAACUAUCAGAACUAUUUGCCUGCACUCUGCUGAGGAUGAAGGAUUUGACCUUUUGACCUGUCUGGUGCAUCAUGGGAUUGUGAAACCAGAUAAGGAAGUAUGGAAGCUCUUUCUACCUGAUGUUAUACAGCCUUCAAAGUGUUCCGUAACCUUCUUGUUGACCUUGAUGACAUCUUACCCUAUUCCUGAGAACCAUGUCUGCCAAGUUGGUUUGCUAGCCUCUUUGACAGGUUUUCAGAAGGGUCAGUAUCCACUCAGACACCAGCUACUCAAUUGGAUCUUGCCUGCUGAAGAAGUAGAAGAUGCUGGAGAAAGACUAGCCAUCACACCACAAAUAUUGAAAAGUGUUCCAAGGGACAUACUGGCCAGUCUCCUGACAGUCUUAUUCACAAAGAACUGCAGAGGGCAGUGUAACACUUUGCUUCCUGCUCCGCCAAGCACUGCGAGCCGAACCUCUCGAUUGGCCUUCAUAGAGGAACUGUACCUCAGAGCUUCCUUCCACAUUCCACUUACAAAGGACUGUCAGGCAAAUGCUCUCAGGCACGAAACAUCAAGAGCGCCCCCAACGGAGGGAGUGGUGAUCAUGAUGGUUGUCCAGAGUGUUCUGGAGAGGUUGGGACAUGUGGUGAAACUCGCAACUGACUCACAAUGCAAGGAGGUGGAUCACUGUGAGAUGUUAGGACAGCUAGCUUGUACAUUGUCUAGAGUCAUGGAAAGAACUAUCGCAUACUGUGAGAAAACAGUGAGAGAGGCAAUGGAAGGACCCAUCAAGAAACAUAUCAAGAUUCUUCUGAGGAGAUUCACAGCUGGGUUCAAGGAGCUAGCCAUCCAGUCAGAUCUCACACCAGACAGUUCUAUCAGCAGAGCACACUCCCUCAUGUCUCUCUGCUCGGUGCUGUUACCCCUCUAUACUAGCCCAUCUGGACAGCAGGGGGAGGCAGGUCAAUUCAUGGCAAACCUUGUCAGAUCAAGCACACCUCCUGAGUUACUUGACACCCUUUUGGACAUCCUUCACAAAAGGGGGUCAAGUCAGAAGCAUGAAUCAAAGGUCAACGGUCACGACCCCUUUGGUGAUUUCAUGGAGCUAGGGUCUGACGAUGAGUUCCCCAGCACACAGACCCAGAGUGAACUAGAUGAUGACUUUGGUGAAGUGACUACUAUCUCAUCUCAUGUUAGCAGUAGUAGCAGGUCAGAGAAGAAGAGACACAAGUCAAGAGAAGAUUCCAUGAUAGGAACACAUAGCAUGCUGUCCAAUGACUCUCUUCCUCAUGAUGAACAACUAGCCAUCUCCUGUGCUAGGAUCCUAUCAUCAUGGUGCUGGUCAUGUGACACCAGUGAUCAGGUGACUGGUGAUCUCAGAGUCAAUAGGAAUACAGUCACACAGAGAUUGCUUAAGCUGUUUGAUGAUGAAGAGAAUGUGGAUAUGACUAGUCCUUAUUAUGUACAAUUGUUCUUUGCUGUAGCUUUCAGCUUAAGAGAGAAAUCUUGUCAGAUUCCAGAUGAUGAGCUCAAUUCAAUUCUACUGGUUUGGAGAGAGCUGGUGUCAGUGAAUCGUAAGGUUCAAGAGGUGUGCGUAGAAGCAUUGACUUUCCUGAGGACUAUAACUCCUCACCUAGCAACACAAAGUGAUGAUGGGAUGGUAUCAUCUGAUGUCAAAGAAUCCAGAGAUGUUGCUCUUCUACUCCUCGCUGCUUUCUGGCAGCUGCAGUCAACCUACUCUACUCCUGUCAGACACCAGAUAGCGCUAUGCAUGGAAUCUCUCAUUAAAAUUGACCCAGACAGCCAAUGGACAAUGAUCAAAUCCAAAGGUCGUGAGAGAGGUCAUGGUGAUACCAACGAUAGGCCAGAGGUUGUGACCUUGUUUCCCAAUCUCCUUCAGGAUAAUGCCCAUGAAAUUAGGAUGCAUAUGGCCACAGCAGUUGGCUGCUUAUUCAAGUCAUCUGGUGCCCAGCCUUACAAGACAGAGACACAGAACCAAGCUUUUGAUCUGGUAUAUCAGACUGUUGAGGAGGCUAUGCAAGUAUCAGACGACUUUGGAGAGACGGAGUCGAAAGAGGAAAGCAGGAAUCGGACAGCCAGUCUUCUGCUCACCCUAGCAAAUGUCGCCCUCAGCAGUUAUGUCUGUGAAAAGAAGACAAUUUUUGCCUUACUACUCACAGCAAAGAUCAACAAGAUUCCAUCAUCGGUUAUGAAAAAGGUAUUGAGCUGCAUCGCUGAGGGUAUCACUCACUGUAGCAGUGGAGAAGAUCUAGCUGCAUUACACCUUGGUUUCUUGGUUCAUCAAUGGCUUCAGGAGAGCUAUGACAUUAGGGAAUUCCCCUAUGGGGUUCUGGGAUGCUCAUCUUCUCAAGAGUUCCUGAGCAAGCACCAUACGACCAUCAUACCUCACCUAGUCACACUGAAGAAGAUAGAUAUGGUGAAAUCAAUCGCAGGAGAGCUGAAGCAAGACUGGAAGGAACUCUUGAAAUCUUCCUUCCCUCGGACCAUAGCUAGUCUUCUACCUCUCCUGGCUCAGUCUACAGAGCAUAGUGAGAAGGCUGAAGAAGAGAAGGAGAGGGCAGCGUGGGCGGUACAAUGUCUGGAGGAACUACAGAAGACUAUAGGACAAGAGACCCUGAAUGCCUGGAUCCAGUCCCAUUUGGACCUGAUUGUCGUUGAGCUUCUCACCAUGUUGUAUGAGCCUUGGACAGAGACUAGCCAGAGUUCAAAGUUCAUGACCCCAAGUGACCCUGAACCUGACCCACCCUUCUUCACAUCAUACAUGAUCAAGGCCACCUUAGAUCACCUGACAACCUGUCAUGCCGGGGGUAGUUCUCUCACUCUCAUCUCAGUCCUGGCAAAGACACAUGAUAGUAUCCAAAAAGUUCUCCUCGAGCUUCACCUGCGGAUGUGGCGAUGUCAGCAACCCAACGAGAGACGCCGUCUCCUGCUGGCGUAUCGUCUCUUUGGUCUUCUCUUGAUCAAGGAUCUCGAUACCAAGGUAGGAGCAUCCUGGGUCCACGUCCUACAGGACUUGAUCUAUACACUGGUCCAUACCAUCCAUCGGGCAGGGGAGGGCGGGUCAUCAGUCAUGGAGGGAUCAUCAUCAUUGGCUCUACCUUGUCUUGAUCUGUUGAGGCAUAUCAGUGAGAAGGCUGUGGAUAAGUGUUCAGAGGAGUUCAGCAAGCAUAUAGAGGUGAUCCUAGGUGCAGUCGUCCCUUUAGUUGGCAAAAGACCUGGUGAUGUCAGCAAGCAAGCAUUAUCUCUUGUAGACUUUCUGGUGGUUGAGAACCAUGACAAGCUUGAGGCAGCACUCCUGGACACCAACCCUCUUCCAGACAAGACUGAACUCAAGAAAGCUAGGAAGGUCCUGGAACAGAUCAAAAGCAGACAGGAAGAUAAAAAUCUUUUGUCUGAGAUCAACCAUUUUCUAAUGAGGGGUGGUCAGCAUAGCAAGAAUCAUACUUUGGAGGGGCUGAAUAGUUUGCAUCAUGAGCUUGCAUCCAGGAAGGCCGAGCUCGCUUUGCUUGUCUCUAUGUGUGCAGAAAAUGCUGCAGAGAGUGUUCUUCCGCAACUCAUCUGUGAGUUGGUAUCAUUGUGUGAUAGUAACCAUAGCAACCAAGAUGGCCAAGCUUCUGCUUUACAGAAAGCAGCAGGUCAAUGCCUAGGUGAGAUUGGAUCUCCUGAUCUCUCUGUUAUCGCUCUCAAGAAAUGGGGUGGAGGAGAUCAUGGAGCCAGCUACUCAACGGCUGUGAAGAGAUUCAGUGACAACAAUGAUCCUAUCAGCUGUAGGAAUUCAGUUAUACUUCAUCUACUCAAGGAGUACCUUACUGAUCCCUGUGUUGAUGUAGUCGCAGCCUCUGCCAAGUGUCUGAAGAUGUUACUAGGUACAAGGAGUGGACAGAUAUUCUAUGAGGAGUACAAAGCUCAGAACAUUGACACACUCCUGGCCUAUCUGUAUCCAUUCAAAUCAUCCAAGAAUAAGAUGAUAAAACUACCUGCUAUUGACACCACUGAUGAAGCCUUCGUAAGGCAUGUUGGUGAUGAGUCGCUAUGGCAACCAGUGAGAGGGAGUCAUGAUAAAUGGUUGAAGGACCUGACGAUGGCUUUGAUCAAGAGUGGUGGAGUGAGAGAUGAGAUCCUAAGGCUGCUAGAACCAGUUUGUCUGGCUAAGGUUGAGUUUGCUGAGAGGGUAUUCCCCUACCUGAUCCAUGAUAUUCUGACUGCUGAUAACACCCUCUAUAGACAGACACUCUCGGAGCAGAUCAAAGGAGUGUUUAAUACAUUCACAGAGUCGGUCAUCAACAGUCGUGCUCCUACCCCUAUGCCGGGAUCACUAGAUCAGAGAAACCAAGGUUUAGGUCAAAGGUCAAUCAAGACGCUCCUUGAUACAAUCCACUAUCUUAGGACACAAGGAAGAUCUAGUAGGACAUCUCGAUUGACUCCAUGGGAUAAUAAUUUCUGGUUGGAUGUAGAUUAUCUUCAGAUGGCUCAGGCUGCUCAGAUGUGUGAAGCUCACUUUACAUGUUUGCUCUACUCUGAGAUAUGGUGCAAUCAUCAAAGGAUGGCCAAUCCACCGACACGGAGCGGAGGACCUAUAGAAACCUUCACCCAGGAUUCCCAGGAAUCCAUCUCACUAGCAUCCAUCUCCAUGGAAACUGGCAUCAACCUCCAAUCUCUUCUAAUGGAUGCGUUUGGAAGCAUAGGAGAACCUGAUAGUGUGUAUGGGUGUGGAGCAGGCAGGCUGGUGGAUACAAGUGCAAGAAUCCAUACAUAUGAGCAUGAAGGUGAAUGGGGUAAGGCUCUAGCUGCCUAUGAUCUUCAGAUGCAGUCCUCUACAUCUGGAGCAACACAACUCGGUCUUCUACAGGCUAUGCAGAACUUUGGUCUAUCAGGAAUCCUCCAGACCUACUUAGCUGGACAGAAGGCCCAAGGUCAUCAGUGUGAGGGUGACCAGGGUCUACUGGAAUACCAGUAUGAAGCAGCUUGGAGGAAUGGAUUGUGGGACCUGGAUCUAGAAGAGAGCUCUGUUAAAGGUUCAUUUGGCUACCAUGAGAAUGUGUUCAGGGCACUGUGUAGUCUCAAGUCUAAGGACCAAUCCUCCUACCAGUCAGCCAUAGAGAGAGCCAUGACAGGAUUGACCCAUCUUCUAGCCCAUGUCAGUCUGGAGAGUGUUCAGAGAAUAUACCCUCUCAUGACUAGUCUCAGGGGACUACAGGAGAUCAGUGUUGCAGCUCCAUUCAUACUCAAACGCAGUAUGGAGAGCAAGCCUAUCUUUGACACAUGGACCUCACAGCUCCCCCUGAUGAAUAACAGCUUUGAGUUCAGUGAGCCGACCCUUGCCCUCAGAUCCACCUUAUCUCAAUUAGUGCAUGAUGGGAUAGGUGAAGAACAGCGUAGAGAGUUGCAUAAUGGGAUUGCAAGUCACCUCAAGACACAGGUUCAGUGGGCAAGAGAUGCUGGAAGGUUUCAGGUAGCUGAAAGAGCUUUGGUACAUCUGAAGGAACUGGAGAAGAAGCGGGGCCAUACCAAUAUCGUAGAGGGGUGGUCAAGCUCUCUUGAAGAGGCUCUGCUAUUCUGGGCUAAAAAUGAGAGGACCACAGCAUUACAUCUCAUGAAGGCUCAGAUUGAUCGGUUAUCAAAGUCUCCAGAUCCAAGUAACUACAAGACUUAUGCCACAAUGCUCAGUAUCUAUGGCAACUGGCUUGCAGAAACUCGUUCACAAAGUCCUAACGUCAUUAUGGAGGAUUACAUGGAAAAGGCAGUGACCAUCUUCAUUGAUGCGAGUGAUACGAGUCAAGAAGCCGUACAUGCCUAUCAUUCCCUGGCAAGGUUUGCUGAUGCUCAGUAUCAGAGUUUAGUCGAGUACAUGAAAUCUAAAGACUAUGAAAACAAGAGGAAGCUCAUGAAGACUUCUAUGGAAAAUGUGGAGAAGAUGAGGAGCAUUGGAAUUAACAGUAGCGAUAGGUACUAUCGGAUCCAAGCAAAGCAGCUAGCUAUUGACCAGAAAGAGGUAGAGUCAAUGCAAGAAGACUGUAGAAACUUUCUUGUUCGAGCCAUGGAGUGCUACCUGCACUGUCUAGAGGCUUCAGACCAGUCCCAGGACACCCGCGUCUUCCGCCUCUGCUCUCUCUGGUUCGACAACGCUACAGUCACCCAGAUCAACCUCCUCCUAGAAGAUUCCAUUGGGAAGAUCGAGAGCAGGAAGUUCCUUCCGAUGAUGUACCAACUGGCCGCUAGGAUGACCACCAAGGUCCAGGGCAAGGAGGAGUUCUACACCAAUUUGAAUAACUUGAUAGAGAGAGUUGCAGUGGACCAUCCUCACCAUGCGCUACCGGUCAUCUUGGCUCUGGCCAAUGCUAACCUGGACUCGAUCGUCAACUCUAAGAAGACAAAGCUUGGUAGGGGCAGUGGCGGUGGAGACCUCUCACAAACAGAUAAAGAUCGAAUGCAAGCAGCCGUUGAUCUAAGCAACAAACUAAUGACCAAGAAACCUUGUUGUGACAUCAUACCAGCCAUGAACAAACUAUCUGAGGCUUAUAUUAGAAUGGCCUAUUGGGAUGUAUCUUCUAUGAAAACACAAACAAAGGCCAUUUCUAUCGCAUCCAACCAGCCUCUUCUCCAUCUGAGAUCCCUCCAUCAUGUUGCCGUGCCAACCCUGGAGCUAGAUGUCAAAGCAUCCUGUUGCUAUGAUGACAUUGUUUACGUUGAAGGUUUUGAGCCGACCUUCAAGCUCGCUGGUGGUAUCAACCUUCCGAAGAUCCUUACAUGCAGAGGAUCAGAUGGGGUCAAACGGAGACAGCUCGUCAAGGGGAAUGAUGACCUGAGGCAAGAUGCUGUUAUGCAGCAAGUUUUUGGUCUAGUGAACCAACUACUCAACAAGAAUACAGAUACAAAGAGAAGAAAACUACAGAUCAGGAGAUACAAGGUUGUGCCUCUCUGUCAGAAGAGUGGUUUGUUAGAAUGGUGUGAAGGAACGAUGCCUUUAGGUCUCUAUCUCAUAGGAGAUGGUGAGAAUGAUCUUGGUGCCCACGUACGCUAUCGCCCAGGAGAUUGGAAGGCUAAACAAUGCAGGAGGAAGAUGGCGGCUGCCCAUCAGACAGGCGACAACAAUCAGAAGAUCAAAGCCUUCAGCAACGUCUGUAAGAACUUUCAACCUGUCUUUCAUCAUUUCUUCUUAGAGAGAUUCCUUGAUCCAGCUGAUUGGUUUGAGAAACGACUCAGCUAUACUCGUAGCGUCGCCACAGGAUCCAUUGUUGGUUAUGUAGUUGGUCUUGGUGACAGGCAUGUUCAGAACAUCUUAAUCGACUGCAACUCUGCAGAGCUGGUUCACAUUGAUCUUGGUAUUGCCUUUGAGCAGGGCCGUAAUCUCCCGACCCCUGAGACAGUACCAUUCCGUUUGACCAGAGAUCUUGUGGAUGCUAUGGGUGUAGCUGGUGUAGAAGGAGUCUUCAGAAGGUGUAGUGAGAAGACUAUGGAAGUGAUGCAUAACUCUAGAGAAGCUCUUCUGACAGUUGUCGAGGUCCUUCUCUAUGAUCCUCUAUACACCUGGACCAUGUCACCAGCGAGAGCUCUGCAAAUACAGGAAUUAGACCGAACAGAGCUAGGAGAUCAGUCCGAGCUGAAUACCACUACAGACGGUCAUCAAGACAUCAUGCCUACUCCUACCAAUGGGGCUACUAGUCCUACAACCUCUAGAGAGGAGGUCAACCAGGUUGCAGAGAGGGUGCUUCUCCGACUGAGGCAGAAACUUGGUGGGGUUGAAGAUGGAGUGACGCUGAGCGUUGCAGGUCAAGUUAGUCUACUCAUCCAAGAGGCCAGAGACCCUGUGAAUCUCUCCAGACUGUUUGCAGGUUGGCAGGCAUGGGUAUAAGCCUGCUUGAUGGAUCAGUCUGAUAUCAAAGACAACUUAUACUCAAUUGCAAGUCAAUUUUGGGUCUCAGAAUCGUUCACAAAUCUUAGAAUCAAGUGUAAAUUUGGACUCAAUUGCUGGUCUGCGUUUUGAAAAAAGACAUUCAUAUUGAUUUGCUACAGUCAGAAUUGAUCAAUCGUGAAUUUGCAACAGAAUUGGCAAAUGAUGGCAAAUAUUUCUUGCGACACUCCAUAAGUGAUUACAUGAAGAUCCUGUAUUUUCUGUCUAUUUCGACAGCAAACUAUAGCAGAAAUUAUUCACAGGGACUAAAAAAUAUAUCUUUAGGCGUUGAAACUUGCUAACUGCCCCUAUAUUAUAUUGACUGUCCCUAUUUUAUAGGAAUGGUCCCAAUUAGGGGUGAAACGAGAGCCACUAAAGCACCGUGUACCUAUUUUUUGUGAAAAGAAAUAUCUGUCUUUACUAAUAUAUAGUAAAGUCUGAAAUGUCUGUAUUUUCAGCUUUUGUUCUCAUGUGUUACACUUCUUGGGGGGUUUGAAGUUAGAUGGGUAUGGCCCUAUUCUUAAACAGAUUUAUGCCAAUUGAUUCCAGCUAUGUGUAUUCUCAACUUGCAAUUAAUAUUGACCUUUGCGCCUUGAACAUUUCUAAUUAAAAUGUAUUAGGUGCCUUAGAAAUCACAAUAAUUAUAAUAUCGGCUAUGCAGUUAAAGAAGAAAAUAUUAAUCUGAAGUUGAGAUAGUACAACUUCCACUGAUACAUUUAAAUGGAUCCUUUGCAAUAUUCAUAAGCAGACCUAAAUAUUAUCCAGAGCCCUUCAAAUUAAGUUUGUAAUUUUGAAGCUGAAUUGUUUGAAAUCCUGUUUAAUAUCCCAAAAUAUUGAAGGGAUUAACAGCACUUUCCAUUACUAAAAUGGUACAACCUAAUCUUGCAUUUUAUUAUAAUUUUUUUUUUUUUGCUUGAAA